AUGGAGUUCGUUGACGAGAAGAUGUCUUCGCCCACAGAGCUCAGCCCCGUCACCCUUCCAACCCCAGGAACGCCCACGUUGACGUCAGCGUCCAAUGGCACCAACGUCGACAAUGGACCAGGCACCAAGCCUGCAAUAUCAGAAAGGAAGAGCGCUCAAUCGCCUCCGUGCGGCUGUACGGGCAGGAAUCUCGUAGUUUGUAUCGACGGAACUGCGAACCAGUUCGGAAUGAAGAACACGAACGUCGUCGAGCUUUACAGUCGACUGGAGAAGAACGAGGAUCAGCUGACGUACUACAACAGCGGUAUCGGAACGUUCGUCAAGGAAUCCAAGGCGUCUCCGCGACAUUGGAGGCAAACAUUCGAUCAUACGGUAGAUAUGGCUAUCGCAUGGAACUUCAAGAGGAUCGUUCUGAGCGCUUAUCAAUGGCUCUCAGAGAAAUACAGGAAAGACGACCGGAUUUUCUUAUUGGGCAAGUCGGGUCCAUACGAGCCUCCGGCUUUCGAUCAGGUCGGCCUCCUUCCAGAAGGGAACAACGACCAGAUAUCAUUCGCAUACGAACUUUACGCCGCUGCUAUGGCUCACCGGAAGCGAAUUUGGCACCGUGCGUUCAAGGACUCACAGCACAAAGGAGCGUAUAACACCGAAGAGGCUCUGUGUGCCAAUUUCAAGCGCACCCUUUCACGCGACAAUGUCAAGGUUCAUUUUGUAGGAGCAUGGGAUACUGUCUCGUCUAUCGGAAUCAUCAAAGGACCUAGUUUACCAGAGACGACCACCGGCAUGGCGCAUGUGUGCGCCUUCCGGCAUGCCCUUGCCCUUGACGAAUUGCGUGUCAAGUUCCUACCCGAAUACGCGAACGGCGGGGCCGGCCCAUCCUCAUCAUCAGCUAUGUCCAAGGGUAAUAUCAAGGAAGUGUGGUUCGCUGGGUCACAUUCGGACAUUGGUGGCGGCAACAGCCCCAAUCUCGAAGCAGAUCAAUUCGGACCUGCUUCUCGCUGGAUGUCGUACGAAGCCCAGCGCUGGGGGCUUCGUCUCAGGCCAUUCGAAGGAAAGUGGCGCCCGUUCAAGCCCAAUCCUUCAAUGUCUUUGGUUUGGCGAAUCAUCGAAUACCUGCCUGUGACGAGGCUGUCGUAUCGUCCAGACCGAAGCUCGAACGACCAGCGGCGGUGGCCGCCUCCCUUGGGAUCACCUCGUCGGGUCAUGGAAAACCAGAUGAUCCAUGAAUCCGUAUUCGAUCCUGAGCUUGACAGAGAUUACAAGCCACUGGCCCAUCUUCCAGAAAACGUCCGCUACGAGCGAGAAUCCUUGUGCACCAAGAACAUGCUUGAACUCGACCCGUAUACUUCUGUGCCCGUUCUGGUGGACCAAGUCAUCAAAGGAAAACUCCCUGAGGAGGAUCGCGGUGUCCUCGUCACCUUAGCUUCGUCUAAGGAAAGCGGGCGACGUAUGAUGGACAUCCCCGAUGCCUCACGGAUGCUAUUCACAGCUCUUGAAGGUGAAGCCGAAGGAGACGACAGUGAUCUCCAUCGCAAGCAACGGAUCAAGGACUUGCUGCUAGCGCUUGGCGCUUUCCCUUCGCUUCCCAGUGAUGCCAUGCCAUACGCGAACGUCAAAUUACGGGGAUUGCUACCUAGCGAGAAGGAGGAGGACGGGCCAGAAGUCCGUCGUGCUGUGAACAACAUCAUGCAUGUGUUUGGAAACGGACCAACACUGACACUUCGGCCCCCGCAGGAUCAUUCAUUACUCAUUCCAGUCCUUUCAGUUACCUUCUCGCCAGACGCCGCUCGGGUUGCUUGGGGCUUAGAGAAUGGCGCCAUUCGCGUUUAUACCGUUGCCACGGGUGCAUCACUGACUCUCUACGGGCAUACGGAACAAGUCAAUUCUGUUGCGUUCUCCCCGAGCGGGAAGCACCUAGUCUCGGGCUCAAGCGACGGAACCGUACGACUCUGGGAUGCCAGCACAGGAGAAAUCGUCCUCGAGCAGGGACACGCCCGCCGGGUGCUGUGCGUUGCAUUCUCGCCAGACGGGGAAUUGAUCGGCUCCGGCUCAGACGACUGCAUGAUACGGCUAUGGAACGUUGGUCAGGGAGGCGUCGCUGUUGGCGAGCCUCUACAAGGACACGCGGACUGGAUCCAAAGUGUCUCCUUCUCUCCCGACGGCAGGUCUAUUGCCUCCGGAUCUUCCGAUGGCUCCAUCUGCAUUCAUGACGUGCAUACACGCCGUCCGGUAGGGGAGUUGAUCAGCGGGGAUCGCCGGAACGUCUGCUCGCUCUCGUACUCGCCUGAUGGCAAGCGCGUCUGCAGCUCCUCGGACAAGACGAUUCGGGUUUGGGAUACCCAGACCCACCAGGUGACGUUGGGUCCCUUGCAAAAGCGCUCGGGCACGGUGUACUCGGUCGCGUUCUCUCCAGAUGGCAAAUAUUUUGUCUCCGGGUCGUAUGAUGGCGCGGUCCGGAUAUGGAACGCACAGACGGGGCAGACCAUCGGGAAACCUCUGCAGGGUCACAAAAGCUCGGUUCGAUCGGUUGCGUUCGCGUCCUCACCGAAUGACAAGCGUAUCGUGUCCGGGGGGUCCGACGGGCUGGUGAUGAUAUGGGACAUGGAAGUAGAUUAG